AUGGAGAAGUCCGAAGUAGACAUUUUGGGAGUGGUUCAAGUUCCUCUGCAAAACUUGCAGUUUGUGGAGGGGGUAGGAGAGCGGUUACACAACACCCGACAAACAGAACGGCUCCAAACACUAUUUGAGUGUAAUUCGGCUGAUCAUGAAAAUAGUAGGCAUUGGAUUGACGGCUAUAUCGACAAUGCCGAAGCGCCGUCAUUCCUGAACAAGCUGGGCUUGUCUCGUCAGGAUCUCAAUCGACAUAACCUCGAUGGCAAUUCCCUUGCCUUGAUGACCACUUCGUGUGCUUCACUCAGGGUCGCCACCGGAUCGAAGCGACAACGAAUAUUAACCCACAUGAGCGGUGGACCGUUAGGCUGUCAUCAUGAGACCCCAGACUCGGAUGGGCGUGUAUACUGCAAGCUGCGAGAGUAUGGAGACGGCAGUUUGGAGUUCCAUGAGUGGCAUCAACGUUUGAGUAAAUCGAAACAGUACAUCUUUCAACGACUCACCCAGCGUGUUCCUAUGAUGGAGGCACUAGACUUGCUGGGGCAUUUUCCGGCUGUUGUUGAUUUCCUCCAGCUUGGAUGCUACAGCUCGGUUUUUGACAACCGUAUUUUUGGAGAGACUAUUGCCGGUUGGAACCUCAUAUACACAGGAUGGUCGAGGCUCACACUUGGCAGCAGAUUUUUGCAACACUCUAUUGAUCGGGACACAGUCCUCGCCCUGGAGGGCCGCGCCCCUGCCGCUAGCAAAGCAGACCAGCUGUGGAUUCACCAGGCCUUCGCAAGCGGCCAAGUUUGGCCCGGUAUUACUGACCCACAGCAGCGACGUGAAUUGGAAUACCGAGUGCAAUCAUUUGAGGGCAUUAUACCGAGUCUCAAAUGGCUGCAGGCCAACCUCCUGUAUUUGAACGUAGCAGCCGGCAUCAUUUAG